AUGUCAAGUAUAUACAAACUUUCAAUAAAAGGUAUAAGAGCAUUUGAACCAGAAUCAGAUGAAACAAUACAAUUUGGAUUUCCUUUGACUUUAAUUUGUGGUCAAAAUGGAUGUGGUAAAACAACUAUAAUUGAAUGUUUAAAAUAUGCAACUACAGGUAAUCUACCUCCAAAUUCGAAAGGUGGAGCUUUUGUACAUGAUCCAAGUUUAAGUUCACGUGUUCAAGUUACUGGACAAGUUAAAUUAGCUUUUAAAAAUGCAAAUGGAAGAUCAAUGAUUACAACAAGAUCAGUUCAAGCAAGUGUUAAAAAAGGUGGUGUAGCAGCUGGAAAUGUUACUUUUAAAUCAUUAGAAGGUCAAUUAGCUUAUAUUGAACGUGGAGAAAGAACCAGUAUAUCUUCAAAAAAUGCAGAAUUAGAUACUCAAAUUCCUAUAUUUCUUGGUGCAUCAACUGCCAUUUUGGAUAAUGUUAUAUUUUGUCAUCAAGAUGAUAGUUUAUGGCCAUUAAGUGAAGCUUCUGUAUUAAAAAAGAAAUUUGAUGAUAUAUUUGAAGCUUCAAAAUUUACUAAAGUUAUUGAUAAUUUGAAAAGUAUUAAAAAAGAUAUGGCUACGGAUAUAAAAUUAAUUGAACAAGGUGUAAAUCAUUUAAAAAUUGAUAAAGAUCGAGCUAAAAAGAUACGAGAUAGAUUAGUUGGGAUGUAUGAAUCAGUUGAUAAAUUUUCUACAGAAAUUAGUGAUUUGAAUAUUAAGAUUGAAGAAAAGGAAAAAGAAGCAGAAAAUUUGUUUGCUACAAAUCAAGAAUUUCAAAAAAUUUUAAGUGAUUAUGAAAAUCUAUUAAUGAAAAAAUCUUCAUUAGAAGAAAACAUUGAAAAUUUAAAGCGAUCAAUUGAAAUUUUACCUGAUACAGAUGAGGAAUUAUAUAAUCAACGAGAAAAUUUUGCAUCUAUAGUUGACGAAAAGAACAAGUCUGUUGGGAAAUUACAGAAGGUGGGAAAAGAUUUAGAAACCAAUUUGAAAAACGAAACUAAUCAAUAUAAUGAAUUGAUCAGACUUGAUGGUUCUUUGAAAGCUAAAAAAGCAGAAUAUGAUGUUGAUGUUGAAAAAAUUGGUGAAAUUGUUUCCGAUAAUUCUGAUAAGUUAAAAGUUGAAUUAACAGAUGAUGACCAAACCAAUAGAUCAAAUUUCAAAACUGCAGCUGAAAAGCAAAAUGCAUUUAUACAAACUCAACAAAAGGAAUUAAUUCAAAAAAAUAGAUCCAUUGAAUCUAAAAAGCAAUCUCAACUUCAAGAAAUAACAAAUUCAAUUUUAAAAGAUGAUCAAACAUUGGAAUACGUCAAUAAUGAUUUACAAAAGCUUAAACAAAAUUUAUAUGUGAUGAAAAGAAAAUUAGAUUCAAGUUCAAAUGAUGAAACUGAACUUAUUGAGAAAAAAGAAGAAUUAACACAAACAAUUCAAGCCUUGAAUGAUAAGAAAGCUAAAAAUGAAUUAAAAACUCUAGAUGGGAAAUUGAUGGAUUCGAAUACAGAAAUCUCAAAAUUAGAAUUUGAAUUAGAUGAGAUUUCAAAGAAAUUAUCAAUGAGUAGUAAACAAUCAGAAUUAAAAUCAAAAUUAACAUUUUUAGAAGAUUCAGUUAAAACUAAGACUAAUGAAAUUCAAAAAAUCAAACAAAAAAUAGAUGAUGAUUUUAAAUCAUUGAUGAAUGAAGAAAUUGAUUUUGAUCAUGCUGAAAGUAAUUAUAAUGACAAAUAUAUGGAACUUUCAACUGAAGUAGAUGAUCAACAAAAGAAAGUGUUUAGUGUACAAAGUGAAAUGGAUUCAUUGAAGAAUUCAAAAUCAAAAAUCAAUGCUGCUAAAGCUGAAAAUGAGUCCAAAAUAGCGUCGUUGAAUGAUGAAAUAAGUAAAGUUAUUGAUGAUGUUGAUGAUUAUGAAAAUAUAGUGCAAGAUUUAGAAGAUGAUUAUAAAAAUGUAAUGGAAGAUGUCAAUACUUUUGAAGUCACUAAGAGUUAUGGUCAAUCAGCAAUAGAUAUGGCAGAAAAAAAUCAAUGUUGUUUACUUUGUAAAAGAAUGUUUGAUAAUCCAGCUUUACAAAAAUUCAUUGAAGAAUUAAAACAAGGAUUUGAUGAAUCAAAAAUAAAUGAAGUUAAAUCAAAAGCUGAUGAAAUUGGUAAAGAACUUGAUGAUACUAAGAAGAUAGGAUUGAAAGUAAUUAACUAUAGAGAAAGUAUUGCAUUGAGACCAACAUUUGAUGAACAACUUAGUGAACUCAAUGCGAAACAAAAUCAAUUGAAUGAUAAUUUAAAAGUAGAAGUUAAAAAACUUGAAAAAAUCAAAUCAUCUUUCGAAUCAGCUGCCAUAUUGAAAAAACCAUUAUCUGAUGCUACAAGAUUAAAUCAAGAUAUACAUGGUCUUGAAUCAAGAAUUGAAGAACUUAAUGAUGACCUUGGGGGCUUUGGUACAGCAGUUGCUUCUAUAAGUGAAUUACAAACACAACAGCAAGACGUUAAUACCAAAAUUAGAGAUUUAAGACAUGAAUUGAAUGCUGCUACGGAUGAAAAAAACAAAGUUCAAAGAGAAUUACAAAAAUUAGAAAAUAAAGUCAAGGAUACUAAAUUAAUUAUAAGUAAUCUUGAAAGAUCAUUAGCUGAAGUACAAAAUAUCAAAAAACAAAUUUCCGAGACCGAAUCAAACAUCAAUAAAGCCGAAACAAGAGUAAAUGAGGUUCAAACAAAUUUGAAAAAUCUUAAGGAAAAAAAAGAUCAGCAAUCUCAAGAGUUGAAACAACUUCAAGAUGAAAACUAUAAACAAGAGCAUAAAUUACAAAAAGAAGUACAAUUCAUAUCUGAUUUAUUAUCUAAAUUCAAUUCAUUAGAUAAUGCAAUAAAAGGAUUUGAAAUGAAUGUUUUAUCUAAACUUCAAGAAAACACAGCACAAAUGCAAAAAGUAUUAAAUCAAUGUGAAGAUACAAAGCUGAAAAUUGAUGAAAAUACAAAUAAAAUCAAAUCUUUAGAAAAAGAAAUUAUGGAUUCUUCUCGUAUUAAACAUAAUAUUAUGGCAAAUAUGGAUUAUAGAGCACAAUUACAUAGAUUAGAUGAAACAGAUUUUCAUUUAAAUUCACUUGAUAUAGAUAAUGCUCAAUUGAAGAAACAAGAUUAUCAAGAAAACUCAAAACGUAUUAGAGAUGAAUUAUCAAAUUUAACUUCACAACAUGCUGGUAAAAUUGGUGAAGUAAAACAAAUUAAAGAUCAAAUUGAAACUUUGAAGAAAGAAUUAGCUGUUGAAUAUAAAAAUGUUAAUGAACUUUAUCAUGAAGAAUGGAUUAAAUUACAAACUAAUCUUUUAGUUUCUAGUGAUAUACAACAUUAUUCAAAAGCAUUGGAUAAUGCAAUUAUGAAAUACCAUAGUAUUAAAAUGGAAGAUAUCAAUAGAAUUUUGAAUGAAUUAUGGUCACAAACGUAUAAAGGAUCUGAUAUAUCAACAAUUGCUAUAAAAAGUGAUGUCAACUUACAAGCAAAAGGUAAUAGAUCAUACAAUUAUAGAGUAGUCAUGGUGAAAGAUUCAAAUGAAUUAGAUAUGAGAGGUAGAUGUUCUGCUGGUCAGAAAGUCUUAGCUAGUAUUUUAAUUAGAUUAGCAUUAGCUGAAUGUUUUGGAGCAAAUUGUGGUAUGAUUGCAUUAGAUGAACCAACAACUAAUUUAGAUAGUGAAAAUUCAGAAGCAUUAGCUGCAGCAUUGAACAAAAUUAUUGAAUAUAGAAAACAACAAUCAAAUUUUCAAUUGAUUGUAAUUACUCAUGAUGAAAAAUUUUUAACUCAUAUUCAAGGAGAUAGAUUUACUGAUCAUUUCUAUAGAAUUGAAAGAGAUGAAAAAAGUAAAUCGAGAAUAUAUCUGGUUCCUAUUAGUAGAAUUCAAGAAUUUUAA